GGGGUGGAGUCUAAACCUCCCAAGGCUUCCCGAGCUCAGGAAGUCCAAGACAAAGCAUUAGUUUAACCUGUUUUCUGUACUCAAGACUCCAAUUCAACAUUGAUAUAUAAAGUCAGAGGCUGAAGCUCGGCCACGCCCGUACUGUAGACUUCAAUGGCAUGAGAACUCCACCGCGCCCAGAAGGACUUUAUCCGAGCCCGACUGUCAGAUACACUCAGUUUAUGGUGGAGACCGGACACAUCCAACUACUGCAGAUCACAUACCCACACACACACUCUCGCUUCAGGAUGUAUGAACGCGCGCACUUCGCUGCCUGUCUGCUUGCUUUGGUGUUGUUUCAGAGGGCUGAGUCUUGUGACCCGAGGCCUGUGCUUGUGCAGGUUCCCAAUACGGUGCCCGCAGGUUAUUUCAUCACUCAAGUGACUCUCAAUGGCUGUACGGCCAUACCUGUGUCCUUCACAUCCAGCGACCCUGACUUCACUGUAAAUACAGAUGGAAGCAUUGUUACACUUCGCUCUUUGGUGAUCUCAACAAAGAGGUUCUCUGUUCUGGUGCAGGACAACAGCGGCCUUGACUGGAGGGUGGAGAUUAUCUUGUCUUGUAAAAAUGAGGAUUCUCAAAAGUCGGGCAGUGUGGCUCAGAAGCGUGCUAAGAGGAGAUGGAGACCGUUGCCUUUCAGCGUUGUUGAGAAUGCCAGUCCUCCUUUUCCAAAGGACGUCGAGAUGAUUGCAUCAGAUUCAUCUGUAAAUUACACCGUUCAUUAUGUGAUCAGUGGGCAAGGUGUCACUGAAGAACCCAUAGGCCUGUUCCAGCUGGACCAGAAGACUGGGAUGGUGAGAGUCACCGGUCCCGUCGAUCGUGAAAAGAACCCAGAGUUCAAUUUUAUAGCUCGUGCGUUUGACCAAAACAACAGAGAGGUUGAUCAAUUCCUGCCCAUCACUGUGAUGGUGGAGGAUGUGAAUGACAAUGCCCCUGAAUUUACAGGCAAUCGUUUCUUUACUGUGGAGGAACGGUGCAGGGCAGGUACUCGUGUAGGACAAGUGAACGCCACAGAUAGAGAUCAACCGAAAACCCCUCAUUCCUUGAUCAAAUAUAUUCUUCUGAAUGCCACCGACAUGUUCUCCAUUGAUCAGUCGACUGGAAUAAUAACGGCUAAAUCCAACACCCUAGACAGAGAGGCUCAGGACAAAGUCUUUGUUGGCGUAGAGAUCAGAGAUAUGGGCGGCGCUCCUAAUGGGCUCUUCAAUAGAGGAACUGCUGUGAUCAGUCUCACGGAUGUCAAUGAUAACCCUCCCACCUUUAAAGAGAAGUUGUACAAGGGCACAAUCAAGGAGAACCUAGCAAAUGUGCUCGUUACCAGAAUCCCAGUGGAGGAUAAGGACUUGGUGAACACUCCCAACUGGAAGGCGGUGUAUGAGGUCACUAAAGGGAACGAGAAUGGAAACUUCAGGAUGGAAACAGACCCCAAAACCAACGAGGGGCUUCUAUAUGUCGUAAAGGGAUUGGAUUUUGAGAAAACCCCAGUAAUGAAUCUGGAAGUAACUGCCCGUAAUGAGGCUCCUCUGGUCGGAACGGAUGCCAAAUGGCAGUCGGUGCCACUCCAGCUCAAUGUGGAAGAUGUAGAUGAAGGACCAGAGUUCAACCCUAACAUUAUGUAUCUCAAAGUCAAGGAGAACCUUCCGAAUGGGACCGUCAUUGGAACCUAUAAAGCUCUGGACCCAGAGACCAAGAACAGCAAUGGAAUAAAGUACUAUAAGUUGACUGACCCAGGCAAUUGGAUCACUGUGGUGGAGAGCACUGGAGAACUGAAAGUAGCCAAUACUAUAGACAGAGAAUCCUCUUUGGUUCAUAACGACACCUACAACAUCACCAUAAAAGCAGUGGAUGAGAGCAAGAAGACUGGAAACGGUGUGGUGAUUCUCCAGAUUGAAGAUGUGAACGACAACAUACCUGUGAUCCAGAGACCUGACCUGAACAUGUGUAAUAGGGGCGAUGCAGUGAGCUCGGUUUUGGUUGAAGCUGUGGACCAGGACAAGCCACCGUACUCCACUCCCUUCAUUUUUGAACUCGGAGCAGAGCAAGAAGGGAAGUGGAAACUGAAGGAUAUUACAGAUUCGUCAGUGGUACUUCAGCAGGUGGAGCCGAUGCCCAACGGCAUGUACACUGUCCCCAUCACAGUGAAGGAUCUGCAAGGAACUGGAAAGGAGCAGAUAGUGAAUGUGCGAGUGUGCUCCUGUCAGAGGGAGGACAGUGGCGUGGGGAUAUGUGGAGCUCGCAGUGCUUCUGUCUCUUUGGGCAAUUACGGCAUCCUUGCUUUAGUUCUCUCUGGCCUGCUGCUGCUGCUGUUAUGUCUAUUCCUCAUCUUCUUCUGCACUACCAAAAGAGACAAGCUGCAAAUCACUGAUGACACAGGAACGGGAGGAAUACUCCUCAAAUCCAACACAGAGGCACCUGGGGAAGAAGUGAAAGAUGGAACUCUAUUGUUGAUCCCUACAGCAGAUGUAGUCGACGGUUCUUUUCAGAGCGCUGUUACGGAGAGCAAGAACGUGAAUACAGCUCCUGGACGAUAUGGACAGCAGUUUUUCCAGAGCGGCGGAGUUUACAACACCACCACUCAGGAGUUCGGCACAGAUCAGUACUACACAUCUGGACGCUACGAUAACAAGAUAUAUGGCAACGGCACUCUUCAGAAGUUCUCAAAUACUGGUACCCUCGACACGUGGAGAACCAACGGGUGCUACUUGGACAGAAAACUGGCUUAUUUCGGAGAGCAGGAGGACGGGCGGUACGCAGACGACCUGCUGAAGAACUAUGGGAAUGAAGGGGUUGGAUCUUCUGCAGGAUCAGUGGGAUGUUGUAGCAUCUUGGGUGAACAGGAAUCCAUGGAGUUUUUGAAUACUCUCGGCCCCAAAUUCAGACCACUGGCUGACAUCUGCUACACCACAAACAAAACCGGAAAGUAAAGCAAGACUGACUGAGAUGAGAGAGUACUGUAUGAUGUUUGCCCGGUCAAAGCACAUUGCAAAAAAAAAUGCAUUCCUAAUCAGUGUUUUUGUUUUGUUCUCCUGUAAAAAAAAUCCUUAAAAUUUGUUUAAAUACCUGAAAUUACUUAAGAAGUGGAAAGAGAGUUUUCUCAAUAUUAUUAUUUAAACUACUGAUUACAUUUCUUCCAAGGUUUAAAAUGAAUAUUUUGUCAUUUAGAGCAUCCAAAAGCAAACAAAUAUGCUAUUUUCUUACAUUUAUAUUUAUAUUUUUUAUAAAUUUUUACCAUCAUUCUACUAAAAGAAUCAGUAUUUGAUAGUUUAAUCAUGAUUUUAGAACAAAUCGGUUAUUUUAAUUAACAUUUUAUAUAAAAAUAAAUAAAUAAAUAAAUAAAUAAAUGAAUGAAUAAAUAAAAGCUCUAAUUGAAAACCUAUUUCAUUU